GACGAAGCGAAAUUCAUUUUUCUUCCAGUAGUAGCAGUCGGAGAUAAACCGGGAACAUGUCUGACAGAUGUGGAGGAAGUGUUGCUAAAGACAGCAGGACAGACACAGACAGGGCGGCAUGCAUGGAGAACCUAACAGAGACUGAUGCCUUCAUCAGAAGCUCUUUGGGUUUGGAUCCUGCAGAGGAGUACAAGAUGGACAACAAGCGACGAGGCCUUGCACUCAUCUUUAACCAGGAGCGUUUCUUCUGGCGCAUGGGUUUGGGUGACAGGCAUGGAACCAAUGCUGACCGUUACAACUUGGAGAGAAGACUGAAAGAGCUAAACUUCGAAGUGAAGGCUUAUGAUAACUACAAACAGGUGGACGUCUUAGACAAAAUCAGUGAAGCCGCAGAAGAAGACCAUUCAGACGCAGACUGCUUUCUGCUCGUCUUCCUGAGCCACGGUGAGAAUGAUCACGUUUACACCUACGAUGGAAAGAUCAGCAUUCAGGAUAUUACAUCGCUGUUCAAAGGAGACAAGUGCAAGAGCCUUGUGGGAAAACCAAAGAUCUUUGUAUUACAGGCAUGCCGCGGAGACAAGCAUGACAAUCCAGUGACUGCCUGUGAUGCUGUGGACAAUGAGCUGAAGACAAAUGAGGUGGUGGUGGACGCCAGCGCCGUAUACACCCUCCCCGCUGGUGCUGAUUUCAUCAUGUGCUACUCUGUGGCUGAAGGAUACUAUUCCCACCGGGAGACCAUAAACGGUUCCUGGUAUGUCCAGGAUCUGUGUGAGCUGCUUCGGCAUUAUGGGGACUCCCUUGAAUUCACAGAAUUACUCACGCUGGUCAACAGGAGAGUGUCGAUGAGGAGUGUUGGGAACAGUAAUGACCGGAGUGCCAUCGGGAAGAAGCAAGUACCUUGCUUUGCUUCAAUGCUCACCAAGAAACUCUACUUUCGACCAAAAAAGCAGUAGUUUCAAACCUCAGUCAUAAAGUCAGCUGGUGUCAUAUUAAUUCCUGGAAAACAGGGCUUCCUCGAGGGAGAUUUUAAAUAAUUUUGCUGUUUUUCUUUAGUCCUCUACUGUAUGUUGCUCACAACAUUAUUCACAUAUGCAAUGAACAAUCAGAAAAUUGGCAGCCUUAGUAUUUACAGUGAAAUCACUAAAGUGGUUACAAAAUAGCAGGAACAACUUG